UUGAGACCCAUUCAAACCAAAUAUAUCCGGAACGGGAAAAGGGAUUUCUCCGAAUUCAAAUCAGAUAUCGCGUUAAGAACUGCCGACCUGGCGCGCUUGAUGUAAUAUCAACCUUACGAGUCGGUUUUUUUUCAAUCAACGUUUAAUUUCCUUAUUCCGCCCGCGCUAUCUUCCGUUGCGCGCGGGCUGGUUAGCCCCCUUGCUAGUGAGCGGCGUUUCUCUUACCUGAGACAGUUGGAGCCGUGUGGAUGUACCUUCAUUCACCAGCAGUUCUCGUUCCACAAUGGCUGGCUGUUCAGUGUGCUUGAUAGCUCUGUACGGAAGCAUCAACAACAAAAUUACUAUAAUUGCAGGAUAGCAAUAAGCCCACAACUUUACCUCUCUUUAUCCUGAUUUAUUUCUAGUCGUUUCCAGUUAAAUUGCAUACAACACUUGGCUCAGUUUCUGUAAUCCUUUGAGCAUUAAGUACUGGAAAAAAAAGUUGUUUAUUUAUUACCUAUAUACCUCUUAUUUGAAUAGUUGGUCUCUUAACAUUAUUUAAUUUGAAAGGCGUCUGGUCCUUUUAAGUCAAGUCAGUUCAAUUUUAUUUAUAUAGCCCAGUAAUCACAAAUUACAAAUUUGCCUCAAGGGGCUUUACAGCAACACAACAUACUAUAUAACCUUCAGUCACACAAUGGUCUCAACGACAGCCGCUACAAUAAUACUGGCGAGCACAGUGGGGUUAGCCACCCAAGGUCCACUGACCGAGUACAUGUGGCUGCUGAUUGUUGGCUUCAUUAUUGCCUUCAUCCUAGCCUUUUCUGUAGGUGCCAAUGAUGUUGCUAACUCAUUUGGCACAGCUGUUGGCUCUGGAGUUGUCACUUUGCGACAGGCUUGCAUUCUGGCUACAAUAUUUGAGACAGUGGGUUCUGUGCUUCUUGGAGCCAAAGUGAGUGAAACCAUCCGAAAGGGCAUUAUUGAUGUAAACAUGUACAACAGCUCUGAGCAUGUGUUGAUGGCUGGAUCUGUCAGUGCCAUGUUUGGCUCUGCUGUGUGGCAGCUGGUUGCCUCAUUUCUUAAGCUACCCAUCUCUGGAACCCACUGCAUUGUUGGUGCUACUAUUGGCUUCUCCCUGGUCGCAAGAGGCCAACAAGGGGUCAAGUGGUUUGAGCUUCUCCGUAUUGUUGGUUCCUGGUUCCUAAGUCCCCUGUUGUCUGGUAUAAUGUCAGGCGUUCUUUUCUACUUUGUGCGCAUAUUCAUCCUGCACAAGAAAGACCCUGUGCCCAAUGGACUGAGGGCCCUGCCUGUCUUUUAUGCGAUCACCAUGGGAAUCAACCUGUUCUCCAUCAUGUACACUGGGAGAAUGCUGGGAUUCGACAACCUUCCUUGGUGGGGUAUAGUCCUGCUGUCGCUGUUCUGCUCUCUGCUGACUGCUGUUGUGGUCUGGUUUAUUGUCUGCCCUCACCUCAAAAAGAAGAUUGAACGAGAUAUCAAAUCUUCCAGCCCCUCUGAAAGCCCUCUGAUGGAAAAGAGGGAGCUGAGAGAGGCCCACUGUCCAAUCCUGAAGCAAACCCUGAAAGAGAUCAGCGUCCCCACUACCCAAAUCGCCCAAAACCCCUCUGCUCAGCAUCAGCCUGCUCCUGAAGAUCGUAGGGUGGCGUUUGACAUUGGAGAUUCUGAUGAUGUUGACAACAAAGAACGCAAGGUCGACUUUGACGUCGGCGACUCAGAUGAUGUCGACAGCAACAAAGAACGCAAGGUCACGUUUGAUAUCGGAGACGCCGACAACGCUGACCAUAGCAGUGAUAAUGGUGUUCCUAAACAGGUUCAGUCCAACAAUCAAGUCCAAGUUAACAACCAGCAUAGCAGUGUCCCUGCAAAUCAGCUUCAGUUCAACAACCAUGCCCAGUUUAACAACAGGCCAGCUCACAUCCCAAGUAAUGGUUACAGCCAGUACCACACAGUCCAUAAGGACUCGGGCCUCUACAAGGACCUGCUGCAUAAGCUCCACCUGGCCAAGGUAGGCGACUGUAUGGGUGAAGGGGGCGACAAACCCAUCCGUCGCAACAACAGCUACACUUCAUAUACCAUGGCCAUCAUUGGGAUGCAUGGGGACUUCAAGCACAAAGAAGGGGAGUUCCGUGCCUGUGAGGAUGGUGACAAGGGCCCAGGAUCUGGUGGUCAGGACAGGAAGCGUGUUCGUAUGGACAGCUACACCAGUUACUGCAAUGCUGUGGCUGAGAAUAUGACUUCAGAGGGGCUUAGUGAGGGUGAUGUAGCACUUGAGAUUGGAAAGGAUGAUGCAGGCAGAAGACACAGUUCUGACGACGACGGGUUGGAAGCGGAUAGGCCUGAAGUCUCAACUCUUUUCCAGUUCCUCCAGAUUCUCACUGCCUGCUUUGGAUCCUUUGCUCAUGGAGGCAAUGAUGUAAGUAAUGCUAUUGGACCCUUGGUAGCUCUGUGGCUGGUUUACACAACCAAUAGCGUGACUUCAAAUGCACCCACACCCAUCUGGCUGCUGCUGUAUGGAGGAGUAGGCAUCUGUGCUGGUCUGUGGGUAUGGGGUCGUAGAGUGAUUCAGACUAUGGGCAAGGACCUCACUCCCAUCACACCAUCCAGUGGUUUCAGCAUUGAACUUGCCUCAGCCCUGACUGUCGUAGUUGCAUCCAACAUUGGCCUGCCUGUUUCCACCACCCACUGCAAGGUGGGCUCUGUGGUAGCAGUAGGUUGGCUGCGUUCCAAGAAGGCGGUGGAUUGGCGACUGUUCCGAAACAUCUUCAUGGCAUGGUUUGUGACUGUGCCGAUCUCUGGCCUCAUAAGCGCGGCCAUCAUGGCGCUCUUCAUCUAUGUCAUCCUGUGAGUUUUAG